AUGUCGGAAUACUGGAAAUCAACGCCAAAGUAUUGGUGCAAGCACUGCAGCACGUACGUCAAAGACACUCCCUUCGAACGCAAACAGCAUGAGAAUACUGCGAAGCAUCAGAACAACCUCAAACGCUUUCUGCGCGACAUCCAGAAUAACCAUGAGCGAGGGGAGAGAGAAAAAGAACGCGCAAAGUCAGAGGUCCAAAGGUUGAAGGGGAUCGCCGCUGAUGACACAAACAAGUCCUCAUCUUAUUCCGUCUCGAAACCGACGCCUUCAGUGCACAGGCCUGCCACAGGGCCGCCGGCAAUAGCAGAUCGCAAGAGACAAUGGGCGCAGCUGGCCGAAAUGGGUAUCAAAGUACCCGAGGAAUUCUGCCCUGAGGUGGCCAUGGCCGGUGACUGGCAGACAUUGUCGCAGCAAGUCGUUGAUGAAGCCCCCUUGAGUACAGGUAUCAAGAAGCGCAGAUACGAAGGCCAGGAAGAUGACCAAGAGGAGAAGGAAGCAGCUGGCGAGGCUGUUGUGCGACGCGGUUGGGGUGCUACUACCAAGACAUAUCCUGGCCAAGACGACCCUGAUCUCGAUGACCUCCUCUCUGGCUCAAUCCCAGUCAAGACGGAAAAACCAGGCUCGCAGAUUAAAGGUGAGAGUGGAAUGUCCAUGAAGCAGGAAACUCACCCUGCACUUACCCAAGACGAAAGCGUGGCCGGAAAUCAUACCUCACCAACAGUCGAGGCUUGCUCAGACGACAACCCAAUGACACCUAAGGUAGUGAAAGAGGAGCCCGGGGCCACUCAAACGGCGUUACUCAAGGAUCAAGCCCUGGAGGAAGUUUCAAUGCCUGUUUUCAAAAGGCGCAGGCCGAAAGUAUCUUGA